AUGCUCGCCUCGUUUAGCUUCAACAAGGCCGCCGCUGCGGUUGCAGUGUCCCCAACAGCUUCUUCGCCUUUUGGCGCUGUCGCCGCCUCUCCUCCUCCUCCUCAGCAGCAGCCAGCCUCCUCGCCCAGCUUCAGCUUCAACAACAGCUUGAGCGCAGCCUUGCAGAACAAUUCAGCUGGCAGUGCCAGUCUCUUUGGCACUCCCAAGCCUGGCGGAAGCCUCUUUGGCAGUCCAGCAGCACCGGCAGCUGCCGCUUCUCCUGCCUUUGGAGCAUCGCCGGCCUUUGGCGGCAGCCCGGUUUUUGGGCAGUCGCCCGUCUUUGGGCAGCCACUGCAACAGCAGCAGGCCACCUUUGGCGGCUCGCCCACAUUCGGCGGUGCGGCCACCUUUGGCGCUGGCGCGUCGCCCUUUUCAUCACCGAAUGCUGCAGCAGCUUCAUCACCGUUUGGCGUCGGCGGUAGUCCAGCACCAGCAGCAGCCUCAGC